CUCGGAAGGGGCAGACCCGAAUGCCAGGCCGAAGUUGUCAGAGGGUGGGCAGGAGACCCUGGUAGCUGGUCCCUUCGGGAGUGACGAAGUCGCGUCUGAGCCCCUGCAGGGGACGGGGACUACGAGACUAAUCAGUGCAAGGGAGCAGUCACAGCCUGUGAAUGAUUUAGUCCAGUCACACACUCAGCUCCAGUCUUGUGACGGAAGUUGUGGAGCCCAGAUGGCGCAGUGGGAGAUGCUACAGGAUCUCGACAGCCCGUAUCGGGACGAGCUGCAUCAGCUCUACUCAAACAGUCUACUGCCAAUGGACAUUCGGCAGCACCUGGCUGCCUGGAUUGAAGACCAGAACUGGCAGGAAGCUGCACUGGCAAUCGAUAGUUCCCAGGCCACCAUGCUGUGCUUCCACUUCUUGGACCAAGUGAACACCGAGUAUGGCCGUCGCAAUCAGGACCCACAGCACCUGUUGCUACAGCACAACUUGCGAAAAUUCUUCCGGGACCUGCAGCCCUUUCUCCAAAGCCCUAUCCAAUUGGCUGAAAUGAUGUUUAACCUCCUUUUCGAAGAAGAAAAAAUUCUGAAGCAGGCUAUGAGGGCUGAGGCGGAACAAGGCCAGCCAGCCCUCGAGCCACCCAUGGAUAGCCAACACUGUGAGAUUGAAUCACGGAUCACAGAUCUAAAGGCAAUGAUGGAGAAGCUAGUGAAGUCCGUCAACCAGCUGACAGAUCUGCAGGAGGUCUUCUACUUCCGAUACAACACCCACACCGAGGGUCGGGAGCAAGGAGACAGUAGGAGACAGGUGCCAGCUGGGAGAGCAGAAGAGGCGAACUCCAGGGAAGCAGCCUCUUUGGACCGCCAUCGCAACAGGCAGCGGGAGCUACUUCAAGCCACUCUGAAUGAACUGAACGAAAGGAGAAAGGUGGUGCUGGACACCUUCAAGGCCCUGUUGGGCCGACUGACCACCCUCAUCGACCUGCUGCUGCCAGAGCUGGUCACAUGGAAGACCCAGCAGCAGAAAGCCUGUAUCGGAGCCCAGCCACAGCCUGACCUGGAACUGCUGGAGAAGUGGUUCACCGAUGGAGCAAAGCUCUUGUUCCACCUGCUGCAGCUGAAUAAGAAGCUAAAGCAAAUGCACCGCCUGGUAACCUAUGAGAAUGACCCUCUGUCCCAAGGCGUGGACCUGCAGAAUGCCAAGAUCCUGGAGUUGCUGGAGUCUCUGCUGCACAGUGCCUUUGUGGUAGAGACCCAACCCCACAUGCCCCAGACUUCCCAGCGACCCCUCAUCAUUAAGACGGGGAGCAAGUUCACGGUGCGAACAAGGCUUCUGGUAAGACUCCAGGAAGGCAGUGAGUCCCUGACUGUGAAGGUCUUCAUUGACAAGAAUCCUCCUCAAUUACAAGGCUUCCGGAAGUUCAACAUUAUGACCUCAAACCAGAAGACGUUGACACCUGAAAGGGGCCAGAGUCAGGGCUUGGUCUGGGAUUUUGGCUGCUUGUCUCUGGUGGAGCAACGCUCAGGUGGUUCUGGAAAGGGCAGCAACAAGGGGACACUGGCCGUUACAGAGGAACUGCAUGUCAUCAGCUUCGUGAUCACAUAUACCUACCAGGAUCUAAAGCUGGACCUGAAAACAGACACUCUCCCCGUGGUGGUCAUUUCUAACAUGAACCAGCUCUCCAUUGCCUGGGCCUCCAUCCUCUGGUUCAAUCUUCUCAGCUCCAACCCCCAGGACCAGCAGUUCUUCUCCAGCCCCCCAAAGGCACCCUGGAGCACUCUGGGCCCUGCCCUCAGCAACCAGUUCUCUUCCUACGUUGGACGGGGCCUCAACUCGGAGCAGCUGAGCAUGCUCAAGGAUAAGCUGUUUGGGAAGAGCUCCAAGAAUGAGAACCUGUUGCUGUCCUGGGCCGACUUCACCAAGCGAGAAAGUCCACCUGGCAAGAUACCCUUCUGGACAUGGCUGGACAAAAUUCUGGAGUUGGUGCAUGACCACCUGCAGAAUCUCUGGAAAGAUGGGCAUAUCAUGGGCUUUGUGAGCCGCAGCCAGGAGCGCCGCCUGCUGAAGAAGACCAUGUCUGGCACCUUCCUGCUGCGUUUCAGUGAAUCGGAGGAAGGGGGCAUCACCUGCUCCUGGGUGGAGCACCAGGACGAUGAUAAGGUGGUCAUCCGCUCGGUGCAACCCUACACGAAGGAGGUGCUACAGUCGCUCCCGCUGACCGAGAUCAUCCGCCACUACCAGCUACUCACUGAUGAGAACAUCCCCGAAAACCCUCUGCGCUUCCUCUACCCCAACAUCCCCCGGGACGAGGCUUUUGGGAGCUACUACCAGGAGAAAGUGAAUCUCCUGGAACAAAGGAAGUACCUGAAACACAGGCUCAUUGUGGUCUCCAACAGACAGUUGGAUGAGCUGCAGCCAUUGCCGUCGCCGCUGGACCCAAAACUGGAGCCAUUCGAGUUGGAGCCAGGGCUGGCUCCAGGGCCAGAGCUAGGGCCAGACCUGGAGUUAGAGUCGCUGCUGGCGACAGGCCUGGAUCUAGGGUCGGAUCUAGGACCAGAGCUGGAGUCUGUGCUAGAGGCCACACUGGCCAUGGUGCCACUUGGAGGGCUAGAGCCAGACCUGAGACCCAGAUCAGAGCCAGUGCUAGAACCAGAUUUGCCUGGGGACCUGAAACACUUGAACACGGAAGAAAUGGAGAUCUUCAGGAACUGCGUGCAGAUUGACAAAAUCAUGCUGAACGGGGAUCCAUUGAUGGCCAACCAGGACACUAUAGAGGAGGCUGACAACCCCUACUACAGCCAUUUUGACUCCGGGGGACCUCUGGUCCCUUCUGACUGCUAGGAGCAGCUCCAUCUGUCUCCUCUAUUCCAGAUCUCCUGUCCCUCUCCAUGCCCUCCCAUAACAAUGCUGCUCUCCAGGGAUGGGAUCAGGAGUCAAAGGCAAAAAGCCUGAUAUGCAUACAGAAGAACUCCAAGGAAACAGAUGAGAUUCUGACCGUGGCUCCCAGGAGGAUCCCAGGGAGGGACUGCCUGCUGGGCCCUGAAUUUCUGAGGGUAGGCCAGGGUACACAGCAGGCACUGGAAGGUCUCAUGGGCACGGUUUCUUGGCAACUUGGAAGGACCACAGCGUCUUAAAGCAAGGAAGGCUGAAUGAGGGCCCUCGGUGGGCAGCACAGGUGCAUGCCAGGAUUCUGUUUUUCUCUUCUGAUUAAGCCCACCCUGUGAAGCUCUGCCCUGGCCCUCCUCUUCCUGCUUGUCCUCAUCUCUUGCUCCACCUGCUAGACUGACUGCACACACUUCUCCCUCCCCGACAAGAUGAGAAACCAAUCCACUGUGACCAUGACUGUGAAGCUUUGCACUCCGAUUCUUGCUUCUUAGUCUCCACCCCCACAACACUUAGGCUAGGGUUGGGAAGGGUGGUAGGGAUUCAGGAGUUGCUUUGGGUGGUAUUGGGUAGACUUCAGUGUUCUCCAGCAGAGGAGAAGCAUUGGGUCUCAGCUGGUUUUUUAGUACUAUAUUAUCACCCUCUUUCACACCAUGUAUUGUUUCCCUGCUCCGUGAGUGUGGGCCUGGGCACCUGGGAGAUUAUGCUCCCCGGACCCUGGACAGCCCCACACACAUUUUAGCCAUCUCCAGUGAACCCCCAAGCAGGUUCUUGUCCUUGGACCAAGAGGUGUCCCUAGAGCUGGAUGAGGGCAGGGUCUUGCACCUGUAGCUGCUUCCUGCCUGAUGUGUCAGUGGAACAGCCCCCUCAAGGCUUUUCUCAGCAGUAAAGGCUAAUAAACUUUGUACUGCUCCA